AUGGCACAGAUUCUGACGCACCAGCCCGCUGGCCUCACUACCGGUGGUGGUGAGGCCAGCGGACUGGAGCUGAUGGUAAGUAGCAGUAGCAGUAGCGGCGGGCAGCGGCGCCAGCGGCGGCGGCGGCCGUGUGGAGGUGCUAGUACCACCACCAGCACCCCCGUUACUCAACACCGUAGGGGCUGCUGGGCCGCGGCGCUAGUCCGUAUGCUUCCUUCUCCGCCUCCAUUACUCUGUGCACUCUCGAAUAAUUUUUCCGAAAAAAUAUUGCAAAAAGAAAUCCUCCACAAACUUGCUUCUUCGGACACUUAG